AUCGCGAAUUUACAUAGCCAUCUUGUCGGGAGGUGAAAUUUUUAGAUUUUCUGUUUCCGAACUCUGCUAGUUGUAGUUAGCCGUAAACUUUCAUUUCAACCCGUUUUCGUGUUUGAUUUGUUAGUACGCCGGUAUCUAGUCGCCGAGUGUCGUGGCGUAUUAAGCGGCGUUUAAACGCGCUCGUUCAGGAUGUGUUUGAUACUUAUAUGUAGGUAGAGAAGUGAGAGGCAGCAGGGGGAGUGAACGCAGCCGAAUCUACGACAGCGGCCUUACACAGACCGCCCUUACCGAGCUCCGAUCACCAGCAUAUGAGGAGAAAUUAAUAACCGACACGUCAUCUCGCGCACACCGCUCGCGGAGGUUGUUUUCGUCCGCCGCGCGCGCGUCGAAAAUGCAACAGGAGAGAAGAGGAAGACGGAUGACGCACGAUCGUCGCGGAAAACUGUGAAACUUGGGGCGACUGUUUGCUGUUUCGUCAAGCCAGCGGCGUCUUUAAGGUGUCUCAAAAAGCCGUAAAGCAUGUCUAAGAUGCCGGCCAAGAAGAAGAGUUGCUUUCAGAUCACGAGUGUGACUCAGGCUCAAGUCGCGGCCAACAGCGCGACCGACGACACCGAGAGCCUGGAUGACCCGGAUGAGUCCCGGACAGAGGACGUGUCCUCCGAGAUAUUUGACAUGUCCAGGACUGAGGUAUGUGACAGGAGCUCCUCAGAGGAGACUUUGAAUAAUGCGGGGGACUCGGAGGGCCAGACUCCCCAGAACGGCGGGCUUGGACCGCGCAGCUCGGGUCACCAGGGCGUCCAGGCCCCUGGGGUUCAAACGGCGCAAGUCACCGGUUCGUCAAGCGCGGCGACCAUAACCAGCUGCAGUUCUCGCUUCAGGGUCAUUAAGCUCGAUCACGGCACCGGGGAGCCCUUCAGGAGGGGCCGGUGGACCUGUACGGAGUAUUACGAGAAAGACCCCGAGGGCUCCGCGAUGAGCAGGACUGUGGAUAGUAUAAGGCACACCAAUGCGAACGAGCCCGGAGCGGAUAGGGACAGUGGGCUCGGGGCCACGGUCGGCUCCGUAAUGGCUCCUGAUGUAAAUUCCGACGGGACGUGUUUUACCGGCCCGCCUCACAAUCUAGAACCGCACAACUUCACCGUGGGGUCCGGGUCGCCCGAAUCUUUUAGUAAUAAGCCAGUGCCUCCGUCUGCUCAGCACGGUCUCCAUCCGCCCGCUCACGAGGGAGGACACCCGGGCGCCCAUCUUCAGAAAUCUCCCAGCAUCCCUCCUUCCGCUCAAGCGCAGCCGCUGCUAUAUCAACCCCAGCCUAUUACGCACCAACUGCAAAACCAGCCGGUCUUGAUAUCCACCGGUCAGCCUGAUUACGCCCAGCGCAGCUUGCCCAUUACGGUCACCCAGACUCUCCCCGGGGUGAGCCUUUCCGUCGGACACGUCAUCAGCCAGGGGCCGUCCCCUCUUCCGACCCCGGCCGCAGGAGGGGUGCAGGUUCUGGGUGCGGUGGAUAUAUCGGGACUCCCUGGAGGUGUUUCCUUGGCGAGCGUGCCGGUGUCGUCCGUCCCGAAUCUGGUGCAGCAUCCCGCGGUGGGGCUGUUGAGCAGCAUCGCCCCGUUAUCCUCCAUUCAGCAGCAACCGGUGGCUCAAUACCAGGCUUCGGGAGCGAUGCACGGUUUAUCGACAACUCCGCAAAGCGCUCCGAGCUUGCCCGUAGCAGCCGUGGCGCUCGCUGUAGCGUCCGCUGCGCUCCCCAAUACCUCCUCUCAUAGCCAGGCCAGCAUCUUCAGCCAGGCGGAUGAGAGCCGGAGGAUGUCUGAUGCGUCCGCGCAGGUGCACAGUAAAGACACGGUGAAGCCCUUUAUCACAGAAGGCCUGCAGUUGCCCAGUCCGGCUGUCAACAGUCUUUUCGGUAUACCCAUUCCCAUCGACGGGGAGGACGACAGGAAUCCCUCCACAGCUUUCUUCCAAGCCUUCCAGUCUGGCAGUAGGCUGAAGGACUCGAAGAUGACCUGUGAUAGUGCCUCUGGAGCAAGCGUGGUUGCCAUUGAUAAUAAAAUAGAACAAGCAAUGGAUCUAGUGAAAAGCCAUCUGAUGUAUGCUGUGCGGGAGGAGGUGGAGGUGCUGAAGGAGCAAAUCAAGGAGCUCUACGAGAGAAACUCUGUGCUGGAGCGAGAGAACGCCGUGCUCAAGUCUCUGGCCAACAAUGAGCAGCUCUCUCAGCUCACGGUCCAACCCGGCUCCGGCGGCCCCGUCCCGGCCCAAGCCCAGCCCCAGCCUCAGCCUUACCUUCAGCUGGACUCCAGCCAGAGCUCGGACCCCCUGCCCCGAGCGCCCCAGCCCAGCGUCACCUCGGCCUGAAGCAGCGGGAGAGCUCGCGAAGAGAGUUAUUUUUUUAAUAAAGAGAAUCCAGCCAAGAAAGAGGUGUAUUUUUUAGCAUUGCAGUUUUCACGUAAGAAGCGAGAGUCUAUUUUCAGAGCCACCGUGCUUCGUGUUUUUUUGUUUUUGUUUGUUUUUUUUCCAUUCACCGGUCAAUUCAAUUGUACUGUUUAUUUAUUAUAGGGCUGCUAUUUUCCCGAGAGGAACAAUGUCACAGAACCCUUCGAUCCGACAGCGAGCGGCCGUCUUUUAUCGUAUCGAUCAUCAAUGCAAGCGUAAAACCGUGGCAGAGUUAGCGAGUGGGUAGAGUUCAAACACUAACAGCGACGUUUCUCUGUGGAUUAAGAAUGUGAACCUGGCGUGAAUGUACAUUGUGUAUAGUGUAAAGAUGAACAGAGCGUAACAAGUCUGUACAGGUUUGCGGGCGAAGAUCUAAACUGAAUCCUCAAAGGUCUACCCUGAUGAAGAAAGCUUGUAGGACGUUGGAAAAAAAAAAAAAAAAGAAGUCAGUUGCCAUAUUCUCCUGCCCCCUACCCUGAUGUCUCGCGCUUUUGGGGAACGGGAAGGGGAUUUAAAAAGAAAAAAAAAACUGUGAAGUCGUUCAACCUACUUUGUAACCAAAGAUGCAAAGCUGUGUAAUUUUUUUUUGUUUUGUUUUUUUAUAUGCGCACUCUGUAUUUUUUUUUGUUUUUUUUACUUUUAAUUUGUUCCUCACAACAAACUUUUUUUUUUUUUUUUUUUUUGUUGCUUUUAGGCAUGUUCUGCAUGAUCUGUAAAAGUCAAACCACUUUCUUACCUCAUUUGUAUUGGGCACUCAUAUUGUAAGUAGUCUGUGAAUAGCGUCGGCGGGGGAAGGAGAUAUGGAGGCGAUGGUGAGGAGAUGUAAAACCGGCUAAGUGCGCGUGAGACGCACCAGCCACAGAAAAUGAAGUGAGCCAUGUUUCGUUCAUUUAAAUGGUGUUUGAAUUUCAUAUGCCAAUAGUUUUGUUACAUUGCAAAUUUUAAUGUAUUUAAAUAAAUGCAAUAUUCAAAUUA